GAAAGCCCCACUCACGCAGGGUCGGUGUAUAGAAAGAAGGCGGCAUAAAAGCAACAGGGAGGUGGAGCCGGCCGGAGCGAUUGCUGCAUCUGCUACCCAGGGAAGCGGGUGGGGUGGGGGGAGACCGAACCCAAGAAAUCGGAGCAUGAAAUUCCUGGCAGGGUUUGUCCAAAAGACCCCCUCGCGCAAAGGCAGGGAAGGGAGAAGCAGAGUAAGGAGAAGAUGCAACUGGUGUAACUGAGUCACCUUCUGUCGUACCAAUAGGCACAUUUCCCUUCCGAGACACUUUACGGAGCAGAUGAUGGAACCUGCUUUUCCAGCUUGCUGACUGGAAGGGUUUUCUUGGUAAUUUUUUUUAAAUGCAACGCAUUUCCCAGGCGAUGAAGCCAGACUACUGAUUUUGCUUGGAAAGAGGAAAGCUCUGCAAAGAUUUUAAGCUUUCUUUCCAUGAAACAGUGCCCAAAAGACUUGAGUAUCUCUUUCUUUUAACUCCACAAGCUCCAAAAUACUAGCCGCACAAAAGCGGGUGAGAGAAAGAAACAAUUCAAAAGAAGAAAAUUUGGAAUUGGUCCAAGGAGCGAGCGAGCAGCCAGCCAGCCAGCCAGCCCGUAGGCGUGACGUUGCAGAGUUUAAAGGGGGCAGAUGAGAUCUAUCGGACGUUGAUCGGACGAAGAGGCUGCUGGAGGUGCCUGGGAUUCGGAGCCUCUCCGGGAAGAGACCGCUAAAGAGCGAAGGCGAAGAAAUCAUGCUGCUGGCUUCCGCCGUGGUGGUUUGGGAAUGGCUGAACGAGCACGGUCGAUGGAGACCCUACAGUCCGGCCGUGAGCCACCACAUCGAGGCGGUGAUCCGAUCCGGGCCGAGAGUUGGGGGCAGCGUCGUUCUGGGCCAGGUGGACAAUAGGCUGUCGCCGUAUAUCAUCGACCUCCAGUCCAUGCACCAGUUCCGCCAAGACACGGGGACCAUCCGUCCGGUGCGUCGCAGCUAUUAUGACCCCUCCUCAGCCCCAGGAAAGGGUGUGGUAUGGGAAUGGGAGAAUGACAAUGGCACCUGGACCCCCUAUGACAUGGAGGUGGGCAUUACCAUCCAACACGCCUAUGAAAAGCAGCACCCCUGGAUUGAUCUCACUUCCAUUGGCUUCUGCUACAUCAUUGACUUCAGCACGAUGGGCCAGAUCAACCGCCAGACCCAACGCAAGCGCCGUGUCCGUCGCCGCCUUGACAUGGUCUACCCGCUGGUCACAGGCACCUUGCCCAAAUCUCAGUCAUGGCCAGCAAGCCCUGGUGCAGCCAAUGUGCCUCCUGCUCCUGCUCCUGCUCCUGCUCCUGCUUGCACUUGUCCACAAUGCCUUCUUGUCAUGAGCAUAAAGGCAACAGUGGCAGCUGGGAGCAAUGGAGGAAUUGGAGCUGCGGCUAGCCAGCAGCCUCAACCUCCACUGCCACGUAAAGCUGUCUCUCUUUCUGGCAGCACCAAAAUCCCCACACCAGCAUCAGUUCACAAGCCACAAGAUGGAACAGCCACCAUGCGUAGCUCUCUGAAGACCCUUGCGUCCCAAGUGAGCCGAAGGCAGGCAGUUAGCACACCUGCCCUCACCAUGAGCAAUUCCUCUGCCAGUCCUCCUAAUGCCAACGGCAAAGUGACACGCGCCAGCCUUAAUACAUUGAACCGAACCAAUCUGCAGCGCCUAGCCAUCGCACAGUCCCGUGUUCUCAUUGCCUCAGGUGUCCCUACGGUUCCUGUAAAAAACCUCAAUGGCUCAAGCCCAGUUAAUCCUGCCCUAGCAGGAAUCACAGGGAUACUUAUGAGCGCUGCAGGGCUCCCUGUCUGUCUGACUCGACCUCCAAAGCUGGUUCUGCACCCCCCUCCAGUCAGCAAGAGUGACAUUAAAUCCAUCCCCGGCAUCUCCAAUACCUGCCGUAAGACUACCAAAAAGCAGACCAAGAAAGGUAAAACCACAGAGGAAGUUUUGAAAAAAUACCUGCAGAAGGUACGCCAUCCUCCAGAUGAGGACUGUACCAUCUGCAUGGAACGCCUCUCUGCUCCCUCCGGCUACAAAGGGCCGCAACCGGUCGUUAAGCCAGAAUUGGUGGGCAAACUGUCCAAAUGUGGUCACAUGUAUCACCUUCACUGCCUUGUGGCCAUGUACAACAAUGGAAAUAAGGAUGGGAGCUUGCAGUGUCCGACCUGCAAAACCAUUUAUGGGGUGAAGACUGGCACCCAGCCGCCUGGAAAAAUGGAAUAUCACCUCAUCCCCCAUUCACUGCCAGGACACCUUGACUAUAAAACUAUCCGAAUAAUCUACAACAUUCCACCAGGAAUACAGGGACCAGAGCAUCCAAGUCCUGGGAAGAGUUUCACUGCCCGGGGUUUCCCUCGACACUGCUACCUCCCAGACAGUGAAAGAGGCAGAAAGGUGCUGAAAUUGCUGUUGGUGGCCUGGGAUCGAAGGCUGAUCUUUGCCAUCGGCACUUCAAGCACCACUGGAGAAUCUGAUACGGUCAUCUGGAAUGAGAUUCACCACAAGACGGAAUUUGGGUCCAAUCUGACGGGCCACGGCUACCCUGAUCCUAACUAUCUAGACAAUGUACUUACUGAGCUGACAGCUCAGGGAAUUACAGAGGAGAGUGUGAUGCAGGAGAAGGACUGAAAGUGUGAGAGGAAAGGGGAAGGACUUUGUCCAAGGGAGGAGUGACAAGUAUAGCAGCGUGUGCAUGGAUCAAGCUCCUCCCUCUUCCAUUGUGCCUGCUCUGUCCUUCAUCCUCCUACCGUAGGCCUCUUAAAAGGCUCAGCUGUGGCUAUGCAGCAGUGGGCUUGCUUAAAUGAAGAACUCACAGCCAGCUCUCAUAUGUGGCCCACAGCACCUGACGUAUAAAAAGCAAACAAACCUGAGAAGGUUUGUGUGUUCCUCUUCAGCAUGAGGAGGAGUUUCUUGUUGAAGCCUGAGGUUAUAUUAACCUCAGUACCCAUAGCUACUUUAGCUUUGUAUCUCAAAAACCAGGGUUUGGCCCUCUCUUGGAUGCAGUCACAUCUUCUGUCCAUGAACCAUAAACGAUGACUGUGGGCAACAGGCAGCUUGGAAUGGCAGAAUCAUGUGCAAGUCAAAAAUAUGGCUUUGUUUCAGAGGUGUAGAACAUUGAAACCAGCCCUCUCGUUGUUGUUUUUUCCUUCUUUCUUACCCAGCUAGGUGCCUGGUUCCAUGUUGUCAUGUCCCUGCUGCUUUUGUGUCAUGGGCUCUGUGUGAGUCAUGAUAUACGCUGUCUGCCAGUCUGGUACUUCACUCCCUGCCAGCUUCCUUUGUUGAGAGGCUGCAUCUAUAGUACCCACCCAAGGUAGUUGAGCAGGAGGCCUGCUUAUUGCUCCUUCGCAAAGUAGAUUGGAAAUUUGUUCUCUUGAAUGCAUUCCAAACUGGGUCAAUGCAUGCCAAAUCUCUGCGGCCCACUUCAGAGUGGAUGAGAGCAGAAUGAAUUAAUUGCAGCUAGUAUUUGAACUGAAUGUGAAAUAGGGGCAAUAAAUCUCCUGGGCCAUGCCUGUCUCCCAAAGCCAAGCCCGGUUUUUGCUCUUGUAGCUGGGUGUGCUGGAUCAAGCUGGGCUUCGGUUGAACGUGCCAACUAGCCCUCUGGGUCAGAUCGCAUCAACUGGCUUCCCAGAUCAAUGCUGAGCUGUGUGUCCCAGUUUUUUUGUGAAUUGCAUCAUUGGGGAGGUUGUUCUACGUCUGAUCUGUUUCUGUUGGGGGUUAGACUCAACAGAGAUCAGGGGGGUGGUGAGGAAAAGACACUUCCUGUCUUUGUCCCCACAGUUCAUGGUGGGUUCUUUGAACUUUCUGUACGGGGGAGUCCCCUGAUACCAAUUUGAAUUUAUUUACCUCAUGUUUGGGGGAUUUGUCACAUAUAUUGUGUGUGGGUGUAUGUAUGUAUGUAUUUGUAAUGAAUGAGAAAGCGACUUUGAGGGUAGAAUGUGUAACACAAUGGUACUUAAAAGUUAGACCUGGAGGCUAAGAACUGCCAUUACCAUUGCUAUUGAUUGCCAUGGUAUUAAAAUAAGACCACCACCACCCCCAUUUUGAAAGGGCUAGGCCAGGAUUAAAACCAUGAGUCUGGUGAUUGGAGCAGGCAGGAUAUGAAUACAAUUAUCAAUAGAUCUAUAUUGUACCCCUACGUUUAUUUGAUUUGCAUAUCCUUCACUCCUCACUGCUUUCAUUUCCAUUAGUCUUGAGGCACUAUAAAGAUCUCAACCAGUGAAGUGGGUCCAGAUGACAGCAUAAAAGAAAUGAGCCUCUUUGUGGAGUUGACCAUAAGCGUAUCCAUGUGGGUAAUGACUGCAGCAUGUAAAUAUUCAGGACCUCCCAAAGUUCUCAUUUUUAUUGGUAUUCCCUUUCCAAGAAGAUGGAAAUACACUCAUAGGCUUGAUUUCUUUAGAAAAGUCAAAGUAUCACAAUCUUCUCUUUUUGGACAGUCUGAUAUAGAAGUUAAAACAAUAUCCUGCUUGCUCUUUUCCUAGUUCUCUUCUAACAUUAAAUUCUUAAAUCUUCACCAUAGUAAUAGUCAAAAGGGCUAUCAAAAAUUCUGAAGCGUCAAUCAUAAAAUUGAAAUCCCCUUUGCAGUGAAUAAAUGAAUAGAGCAUUUCUCAGCUGGAUCUGCAGUUUUAUAUAUCUUGUCUUAACAGACAAGUAUAACAAAUUUUCCCUUUCAAGGUUUCUUAAUACCACCUUUCCCUUGUACCAAAUUUUCUCUAUAACCAUGGCAUUCCUUCAUAUGCAACUUAAU